UGACGAAGACUGAGGAGGUGAAGAAGGAGGCAGGAUGAACGAUCCUCCCAUCACCUAAUCCCCUCUGUUGUGACGUCACAGACGUCCGCCUCCACAGGGACGCGGCGGAGCGCGCGCCGGAGCAGCCUGCAGUCUAGGACGCGUCACCAGCCAAGCAGCGCAUCCACCUUCCAGCUGGCCGCUUUUUAACUUGCUUCUUGGGGGAAACUCAUCAAAAACAGAAAAAAUGGGUUGCUUCGAGUGCUGCAUCAAGUGUUUAGGCGGCGUGCCCUAUGCAUCCCUGGUGGCGACCAUCCUCUGCUUCUCCGGUGUGGCUCUGUUCUGCGGAUGCGGCCAUGUGGCUCUGACCGGCACUUUGACCAUCCUGGAAAACCACUUUUCCAAGGUCACAACCGACCACGCCAUGCUCACUGAUGUAAUACAGCUGAUGCAGUAUGUCAUCUAUGGCAUCGCUUCGUUUUUCUUCCUGUACGGGAUCAUCCUGCUCGCCGAGGGCUUCUACACAACCAGUGCUGUCAAGGAGCUGCACAGCGAGUUCAAGACCACCAUCUGUGGACGCUGCAUCAGCGGAAUGUUUGUGUUCCUCACAUACAUCCUGGGCGUGGCUUGGCUGGGCGUGUUUGGCUUCUCCGCCGUGCCCGUCUUCCUCUUCUACAACAUGUGGUCCACCUGUAAUGCCAUAAAUACUCCGACGGUCAACGUUACAGAUAUUGACUCCAUCUGUGUGGAUGUUCGUCAGUACGGAAUCAUCCCAUGGAACGCCACCCCAGGAAGGGCCUGUGGAUCUACUCUUGGAGACAUCUGCAAAACCAGCGAUUUCUACCUGUCCUAUCACCUGUACAUCGUAGCGUGCGCCGGGGCAGGAGCCACCGUCAUCGCUUUGAUCCACUUCCUCAUGAUUCUCUCAGCAAACUGGGCCUACCUUAAGGACGCCAGUCAAAUGCAUGCCUACCAAGACAUCAAAUUGAAGGAAGAGCGGGAGCUGCAGGACAUCACCGCACGCUCAAAGGAAUGCCUCAAUUCCUACACAUAAGGAUUUUUCAUGCAUGCAAACACACAUACAAAAAAAAAAAAUAAAUAAAUAAAUCAGUGCGGCCAAUUUUUAGUGGCCUGUUUGGACCAACACUCUGCUCAAAUAACCGGCUGACUGUGUACACUGUGCAGUACUAACCCGGCUUCUAACCUGCUAAUGCAUCAGAGCUGCUUCCUGCACUAACUCAACAAGAGUUGCUACAUACAGAUUGCAGACUUUUCUUUUUUUUGUUCCCUGGUUUUGCAGGAAGAAACAAUGCAGAUGGUAGUCAUCUUUCCUGCUGAACCUUGAUGCGUUGCACUAUUUUUUUUUUUUAUGCAGUGGAUAACAGGUUUUAUUUUGUCUUGCUUUUGACCACUUUUCCAAAAUGAGAAGUUUGGUUCUCAUCCAAAUAAUCCGAUCCACAACAGGCCUUAAACCAAAUUCCAGUGUCAAACUGCAUUAACAGAGCAAAUAAUAUUUGAAAAAACAUGCUAAGAAUUUGAUUGCACGGCUGUUUUAGCAAAUGUUAGUGUUGAUGAUGGGUUUGUAAUCCAAUUCAGCUUCACAGAUACUAAAGUGAUUCAGAAAAUUAGCAGUUUUUAUUCUAUUAAAAUGCCAGAGAAUGUAAUUGCUGUUGUUAAUAUGAAAGAAUAUAAAGUUGGAUGAAGGAAUCGUCAAAAAUGUGGGUUCAAAUAGAAAAACUGACACUUAUGGGUAAAUAAAGCUAAUAUUGGUUGACAUUUCUGUACAAUGUCAAGCAAAACCUUGUAAAAACUUUCAAAAUAAAAUGCAUCCCCUAUAUAUGCAACAGCAGGUUCAACAAUUUGUUUUUAAUGACUAAAAUUCUCAUUUUCUUUUUGUUUCAUGAUUGCAUUUUUUUAAAUGUGCAAUUGUAAUAUGUACGAAUUACUUAUGUAAUUUUUUUCUUAGCAUUACAGCGAUAACUUGAUGUUUUGCAUGAGGACGACUGUUUCUGCAGAAACAUGUGAUGUACAGUAAGACAUUCUGACAUCAGUAGUAGGCAGCUUUUGCCCUUUAUUCUUACCAAUUAACUCCUUUUAUAGCAAUAUCAUUAAUGUAGGUUCUUAGUAAUGUUCUUUAGCUCAUUUGACUUCUUUUUGUAAUAUUUUGAAUUUAUAGUAUCCACAUUUUCUAUGAAUGUUGAGCGCUUUUCCUAAUUUUAUUGUACCAUUCAAAGGAAAAUUACACCACCAGUCAAAGUAAAAACUGAAAAUUUAGCCAAAGUAUUCUUAUGAAGCCGAAUGUGUUUUGGGUGUAAGACAGGGAAAUGACAAACUUGUGUAAAAAGGUAAUGGACAGUCAGCGUUAUCUUUUUGUACCUUGUAUUUGAACCAAAAAAAAAGUAAAGUUUAUCAAUCAAUGGGAGGACAUCAAUCAAUCACAAAGCACCGUCUGACUGGAAACCCCGUUUGUGAUCAUGACUCAAGUGGCCUGAUGACUGUUUUUAUGGAAAGAAAUAAAACAAAAGGCUGUA